GCAGGCUUGAGCUUGGGUGAAGUUCUCGAAGAGGACAAGACGGAGGCGAGGGGAUGCAAGCGGAGGAGCCCCGCGCCCCUGGAGCGCCCGGAGCGCCCGGAGCCCGGGAAGCCAAGCGCGCCCUCGGCCCGGAGCUGCGCCUGACCAGCCAGCUGCUGCCGGAGCUCUAUGGCUUCGUGCAGCGCGUGCUGCUCUAUCUGGCGCCCGUCUACCUGGCCGGCUACCUGGGACUCAGCAUAUUCUGGGUGCUGCUCGGCGUCGUGCUGUGGAUGUGGUGGCGCCGGAACCGCCGCGGGAAGCUCGGGCGCCUGGAGGCCGCCUUUGAGUUCCUCAACAACGAGCGCCAGUUUAUCAGCCGCGAGCUGCGGGGCCAACACCUGCCGGCCUGGAUCCACUUCCCGGAUAUGGAGCGAGUCGAGUGGGCCAACAAGAUCAUUGCCCAGAUUUGGCCCUUCCUGACCAUGAUCAUGGAAAACAAGGUUCGGGAGAAACUGGAGCCCAAGAUCCGGGAGAAGAGCACUUGCCUGAGGACUUUCACCUUCACCAAGCUCUACUUUGGACAGAAGUGUCCGAGGGUGACUGGAGUCAAGGCACACACCAACAAAAGCAACCCGAGGCAGGUGACCCUGGACCUACAGAUAUGCUACAUCGGAGACUGUGAGAUCAGUGUGGAGCUGCAGAAGAUACAUGCCGGUGUGAAUGGCAUCCAGUUGCAGGGUACCCUACGGAUCAUCCUGGAGCCCUUGUUGGUGGACAAGCCAUUUGUGGGGGCUGUGACUCUAUUCUUCCUUCAAAAGCCACAUCUGCAAAUCAAUUGGACAGGCCUGACCAACCUGCUGGAUGCACCCGGAAUCAAUGAGGUGUCAGAUGGCCUGCUGGAGGACCUCAUCGCUGCCCACCUGGUGCUGCCCAACCGUGUGACUGUGCCUGUGAAAAAGGGUCUGGACGUGACCCACCUGCGCUUUCCUCUGCCGUGUGGGGUGAUCAGGGUCCACUUGCUGGAAGCUGAGGACCUGCCCCAGACGGACCACUUCCUGGGGCUUGGAUGCAAGUCAGACCCCUACGCCAAGGUGAGCAUUGGCUUGCAGCACUUCCGGAGCAGGACCAUCUACAAGAAUCUCAAUCCUGCCUGGAACGAGAUGUUUGAGUUCUUGGUGUAUGAAGUCCCUGGUCAAGACUUGGAAGUGGACCUGUAUGAUGAGGAUACUGACCGGGAUGACUUUCUGGGCAGCCUGCAGAUCUGCCUCGGGGAUGUCAUGACGAAUAGAGUGGUGGAUGAGUGGUUUGUCCUGAAUGACACAACUAGCGGACGGCUGCACCUGCGGCUGGAGUGGCUCUCACUGCUCACUGACCAGGACGCACUGACGGAGGACCAUGGUGGUCUUUCUACUGCCAUCCUUGUGGUCUUCUUGGAGAAUGCCUGCAACCUGCCGAGAAGCCCUUUUGACUACUUGAAUGGUGAAUAUCGAGCCAAAAAACUCUCCAGAUUUGCCAAGAAUAAGGGUAGCAGAGACCCUUCUUCCUAUGUCAAGUUAUCUGUAGGCAAGACGACAUACACGAGUAAGACCUGUCCCCACAGCAAGGACCCUGUGUGGAGCCAGGUGUUUUCCUUUUUUGUGCACAACGUGGCAGCUGAGCAGCUCCACCUCAAGGUGCUAGAUGACGACCAGGAGUGUGCUCUGGGAGUGCUGGAGUUCCCCCUGUGCCAGAUCCUGCCCAGUGCGGACCUCACCCUGGAGCAGCGCUUUCAGCUGGACCACUCAGGCCUGGACAGCCUCAUUUCCAUGAGGCUGGUGCUGCGGUUUUUGCGCAUAGAGGACCGAGAGCUGGGGAGUCCGUAUACAGGACCUGAAGUCCUAAAGAAAGGCCCUCUGUUCAUCAAGAAGGUGGCUACCGACCAUAGCCCCCAAGCCCCACACCAGGGAGAAGGCCCUGCAGACUUGCUGUGUCCUCCAGACCCCGUCACUGACACCAUGGAUGCUUCCAAGAGCACCCUACCCACCACCACUGCUGCCAACCCUGUAACCCAAGAGACCGAACCAGAGCCCAAAGGCAAGGACAGUGCCAAAGGGUUCUGUGAGCCCAUGGGGAAGAAGAAGAGCUCAGCCACCAUCUUCCUGACUGUCCCAGGCCCCCAUUCUCCAGGGCCCAUCAAGUCACCUAGACCCAUCAAGCCCCCUGCCUCCCCAUUUGCAUGGCCGCCCAAGGGUCUGGUUCCCAGCAUGUCCUCGCUCAACUCUCUGGCCUCCUCCUGCUUUGACCUGACAGAUAUCACCUUCAACACUGAAGUCGGCAACUGCAGACAGCGAGGGCUUGGUGAGAUCCAGCUCACAGUGCGCUACGUGUGUCUGUGGCGCUGCCUCAGGGUGCUGGUCAAUGGCUGCAGAAAUCUGACACCAUGUAGCAGCAGUGGAGCUGAUCCCUAUGUCCGCAUCUACUUGUUGCCAGAAAGGAGGUGGGCAAGUCGUAAGAAGACCUCAGUGAAGCGCAAGACCCUGGAGCCCCUGUUUGAUGAGACAUUUGAAUUUUUUGUUCCCAUGGAAGAAGUAAAGAAGAGGUCACUAGAUGUUGCAGUCAAAAAUAGGAGGCCACUUGGCUCACACAGAAGGAAGGAGUUAGGAAAAUCUUCCACUACCAUGAACUGA